GCAGAACAGCUCACAAACACACGCACUGUAGCGGUGUUGUUUGGCUUGUGUGUUCCUGGGUAUUAUUCUUUCCUGGUCUUAUUUUCCUGGGCCAACUCAUCGCUGUAGGCAGGCAGAGGGUGAUCAAUCCUACACAGAGCUGCUGCCUGACUAUCGGCUCUCUCUCCUUUCCUCUCAGACCCCAACCGACACCUUUCUUUUCCUCACUUCUUUUUUUUUUUCGGGUGGGUGUUGGGUUGAAGUUGUGAGGGAGGGAAGGCAGCGGUAGUGUGUACAGACGGCAGAGAGGAAAGGAGUUGAGGAAGAGAGGAACAGAGGAGCUGGCUGCAUAGCAGGUUGUCAACUCUGACUAGAGAGAAGUAAGCCCAUGACCCUGAACUACUACAGCGAUGGACAAGAAAAGUGAAAAUGGCUACCCUAGAUCCGGAGGAGAGAGUGGAGGUGGGGGUCAGAGGAAGCAGCUGCCCUACUCCGUAGAGACCCCCUACGGCUUCCACCUGGACCUUGAUUUCCUCAAGUAUGUGGACGAUAUCGAGAAAGGCAACACCAUCAAGAGGGUGCACAUCCAGCGCAAGGCCAGAGGCCCUCCUAAGUUCAGCACCCUGCCCAGGAACUUCAGCCUGCUAGGACAUGGAGCCAGGCCGGCCCCUAAGGACACCUGGUCCUCCACCCUAGGGCCCAAGCCCCGGGGCAGAAUUACUGAUGUCCAGCAGAUCUUGGAUUUUAGACCCAGUGACGGUGGCACAUCGGGUAUUCUUAGCCAGAACAGCAGGGUGCAAGGGAGUAGCUUUGAAUCUGCCAGGCCCAGGGAGGAGGCAGGUGCUGGGCCUUGGGUGUUAGGCGAACAGCCCCUGGGGAGGCCCAACCUCCUUCGGACGUCCAGCAUGCCAGUCACCAUCCCGCACAGGAAGGCCUCUGAGUCCGGGGAUGAAAGAACGGAGAACGUCUCAUCUGAGAACGUGAUCCGUGCUGUUCCCCAGGACCGGUCGGGGCUGCACCAGCAGAUCACCGCAGCCCUGAAGAGGGUCAGAGAGCUGGAGGACAUGGUGAGGACCAUCCCAGAGCUCAAGUCCCAGAUCUGCUCACUGAGGGUGGAGAGAGAGCAGCUAAUCCUCAGGCUGCAGGUUCAAACCAAGCCACAGCCUCCAGCCCACCCACAAAGUGCCUCACCCUCCCCAGCCCCAAGCACUGAUCCCGGGCCAGCCUCUCAGCCGCCGGGGGCUAAAGCAGCAGUGUAUCCUGGGAGAGCAGAGAGCACCGUGUCAGAGGCAGAAACGCAACAGGAAUCCUUAAAGAGUACCGCGCAAGAAGAAGAACCAGAUAGGCUUUUAGCAGCACAGGAACCAGAGAGACAAAUACAGACAGCAGAGGGACUAGAUAGACAAACAUUUCUGAAUCCAUUAGUGUACGCAGAGGAAAGGCAAACAGAGCAACUAGAGAACAUUGCAACACCGAAAGCACCAGAACCUCUAGACAGCAGAGUGUUUGUGCAAGUCACAGAGGGAGUCAGUGUCAGUGGUGAGGAGCACCAUCUCAGUGUCGAACAGCUCCAGGCUAAGCUAGUAGCGCUAGAGGCUAAGCUAAGUCAGGCUAGCGAAGACCUGGAGAGAACGAACAGUCUCCUGAAACAACAGGUAGAGGAGAACAUGAUGAAGGAGGAGAGGAUACUGCAGCUGAGCGUGGGAGGGACAGGAGGCGGGGAGGAGGUGUUCAGGCAGAGACAGACAAGUAGGAGGACCAGUGUGGACCAGCAGACCGAGACGGAGAGAGUGGGAAGUGCAAGUCAGGAGACAGAGACAGAGAGGGCGGAUAUGGUGGAGCAGGGCACGGAUACAGAAAGGAUAGUCAUCUGUUUAACCGGAGAGGGGGCUGGUGGUGUGGAACAGGGGACAGAGACGGAGCGGUUUGACACUCAAGACCAGGUGACAGAGACAGAGAUGGUCAUUGUAUGUCCAGUCAGACCACGUGCUAAUAGUGUGGAUCGGGGAACAGAGACAGAGAGAGUGGACACAGUGGACCAGGUGACAGAGACACUGCCCGGAGACAGCUUAGACCAGGUGACAGAGACAGAGACGCAGACAGUCGUCAGUGUAGAUCAGUCAACAGAGACAGCACCUGCACGUCCAGUGAGACCAGCGAGACAUAGGGCCAACAGUGUGGACCGGGGAACAGAGACACAGACAGUGGAUACUGUGAACCGGGUGACAGUGACAGAGACACAGACAGGAGUCCGUGUAGACCAGGUGACAGAGACACAAACACAGACAGCACAUGUACGUCCAGUGAGACCAGCGAGACAUAGGGCUAACAGUGUGGACAGGGGGACAGAGACAGAAAGAGUGGGUACAGUUGACCAGGUGACAGAGACAGUGGUAGCACAGAGUGCAUAUCAGCAGACAGAGACAGAGGGAGACAGAGUUGAGACUAGCAAUAACCACCAUAGAGAAAUAGAGAUUGAGAGUGCGGCCAUAGUAAGUGCGGCCAUAGAAAGUGCGGUCACAGAAAUUGUGGAAGCAGAACGUGUCGUCUCACGCAGUGUGGUUAAAGAGGGUGAGAUCGCUGAGAGUGCAGUACGUUUUGUGGUUAUAGAAAUUGUGGACAAAGAGAAUGGGGUCACAGCGAAUGUGGUCCCAGAGAAUGUGGUCACAGAGAAUGUGGUCACAGAGAAUGUGGUCACGGGAAGUAUGGUGAAGAGACAAGUAGUGGUAGUAGAGGAGACUGUCGUUGAACAAAUGACAUUGACUGAAAGUGUUGUUACACAGAGUAUGACCACAGAGAGUACAGUCGUAGAGAGUGCAGCCACAGAGAACUUGGCAACUGAGAGUGAGGUGGUAAAAAACACAGUUACAGAGAGUACGGUCACAGGAAGUGCGGUCAUAGAAUCUCCAGCCCCAGAGAGCCCAGAAGUAGCACCCACUCCCUCUUCCAGCCAGACCCAGAUGGGUCAGAAGGAGUCGGAGCAGGCCCAGCCCCAGUCACAGGACUCUCGUCGGGGGUCCAACCCAGCGUUGGCCCAGGCCCCUCGCCAGGGGUCUAACCCAGCCCUGGGCCAGGUGGUGACGCGCCUCACAGGGCUGAUCAAUGAGCAGUGGGCCCAGCUAGGUAGCAGCCAGGACAAGCCAGACAAGCAGGAGACCACCAGCCCGAGUGCCCAGAAGCCUGCAGAAGGGCAGGGUGCGCCCGCUGCAGGGAAGCCUUUAGCGGGGAAGGCAACGGGGAAGUCAGGUCUGUCUAAGAUGAGCUCCAUCCAGAGCCAGCUGGUCAGCUCCCUCAGUGCCCUGUCUGCCUUCUACUCCCCUGGACAGAAGGCAGCUGCCAGCAAACAACAAGGUCUGAAAUCCAUCAUGAAGAAGAACGAUGCUGCUGACAAACAGGGGAACAGAGGAGGAGCCAAGAAGAACCUAAAGUUUGUGGGAGUCAACGGAGGGUAUGAGACUACCUCAAGUGAGGAGGAAUCCAGUGAGGAGGAGAAGGGGGAGGUAGAGGAGGAGGAGGCGGACAGCUCUGAGCCUGAGGAGGAGCGGGAGAAGGAGGAGGGAGCUGGAGCAGCUCAGGGCCAGGGGGAGGCCACAGCUACAGAGGACGAGGCCCAGGGAGCAGGGGCCCAGGCUGGGGAGACAGAGGGCCAUGAAGACUCUCAGGACCCAGAGAACAGCCAGGCACUCCUGGAGGAGCAGCCAGCUGCAGCAUCAGGGGAGACGAUCGAUAAGAGCUUCAUGGAAGCGUGUGACUACAUUGAGGGUCGUAUGGCAGAGGUGGUGGCCCCCGAUAAAGAAAUGAGACAUGUCCUGAUGGUGUUGUACCAGGAGUGGUUCCGUGUGUCCAGUCAGAAGGACUCUCGGGCUGACACCGUCACCCUCUACCUGAGAGAGGUGGGCAUCGCCACGCCGACCCUCCUGCGUUACAUCGUGAACCUGGCCGACGGCAAUGGCAACACAGCGCUCCACUACAGCGUGUCCCACUCCAACUUCCCUGUGGUCAAACUGCUGCUGGACACCGGUCUGUGUGAGGUGGACAUCCUGAACAAGGCGGGCUACACAGCCGUGAUGCUGGCCUCCCUAACAGCUGCUGAUGGAUCAGAGGACAUGGAGGUGGCUCUGCAGCUACUGAGACAGGGAGAUGUCAAUGCCCGCGCUAGCCAGGCAGGGCAGACGGCUCUGAUGCUAUCGGUCAGCCAUGGUCGUACAGCCAUGGUGCGGUUGCUGCUGAGCUGCCAAGCUGACCUCAACAUUCAGGACAAAGACGGUUCGACCGCACUCAUGUGCGCGUGUGAGCACGGUCACACCGAGAUCGCUCGGGUGCUACUGGAGUCUGGCCACUGUGACACCAGCCUCACAGACAAGGAUGGUCAGAGGGCUCUGUCGGUGGCGGUAGCAUCCUCCCACGCUGAGAUAGUUGACCUACUCAAGAGCCACUCAGAUUCCACCACCACCCAGGCCUCCAACCCCUCUACCACCACCUCUGCCACCAUCAUCACCACCACCACAGCCUCUCUCCUCUGAGCCCCCUCCAGUAGCUCCUCUCUAACCCCUACCCUACCCCAGCCCCGGACCCACCCCCACCCUGGACCCACUAUACCCCGAACCCCUUUCCCUGGACCAGAGGAGGCUGGUGGGUGGAGGUAUAAGAGGACGGGCCCAUUGUAAUGGCUGGAGUGGAAUAAAUUGAACGGUGUCAAACUGAUCAAUCAUAUGGAAACCACAUGUUUGACUCCAUUCCAUUCAUUCAAAUGCAGCCAUUACAAUGAGCCCGUCCUCCUAUAGCUCCUCCCACCAGCCUCCACUGUCAUGGACCAUACUCUUUUCCAGACUGUCUGGAGGACAGACAAAGGCUGUAUUCACCACGACUGCCUAUAUCUCCCCACCGACCAGAGCUCAGCUUACAGGUAGGCCUAUUGGACCGGAGCCCCAUGGACCAGAGCUCAGCUCACAGAUAGGCCUAUUGGACCGGAGCCCCACGGACCAGAGCUCAGCUCACAGAAAGGCCUAUUGGACCGGAGCCCCACGGACCAGAGCUCAGCUCACAGAUAGGCCUAUUGGACCGGAGCCCCAUUUAGGGAGUGGGAAUAAUGUGUCAACUGUUUGGCAGCCAGCCAAUGUGACGCUCAAAAACCCAGUAGCAGUGGUGACAGUGGUGAUUGACAGGUGAUCCAGGAAGAGGGCAGGACAACAGAAGGAUGAUGGUUUGCUGCUUUAUAAUACAAAACAAGCUAUUCAGGCCAUGAUCGACCUUAACAAUCGGUCAUUUUAUUAUUAAUACUAUGUUUUUCCUUUUUAAAUACCUGUAUCUAAGUUUCCAUCCAAUCGGCAACAGAUUUUCAUGUGAAUAUUUUUAAAUCGGCAUAAAGAUAAUAUGCACAUUUUCCCUCCGGUGGUGUGUUUCUAGCAAACUGACUUGUUGCAGGAAAAUUAAAUCUGUGCGUGAUGUAUUGCACACAACAUUCACAUUUUCGCAUAAAUUCAAGUUCAACGUUUUUGUUGUUGUUGUGUGUUAAAAAAAAAAAAGAAUGUUUAACCUUUAUUUAACUAGGCAAGUCAGUUAAGAACAAAUUCUCAUUAACAAUGACAGCCUUCCCAAGCCAAACCUAGACAACAUGGGCCAAUUGUGCACCAUUGAAUCACAACCAGAUGUGUUACAGCCUGGAUUCGAACCAGGGACUGUAGUGACUCCUCUUGCACUGAGAUGCAGUGCCUUAGACCGCUGCGCCACUUGGGAGCCAAAAGUUCAAUCAAUCGAUUAAGCAAUCAAUCAAAUGUAUUUAUAAAUACCUUUCUCCAUCAGAUGUCACAAAGUGCUAUACAGAAACCCAGCCUAAAACCCCAAACAGGAAGCAUAUGUAUAAGGGAAAAACUCCCUAGAAAGGCCGGAACCUAGAAGAAAAUAUAGAGAAUCAUAUAGAGAAUCAGUCCCUGAAGGCUGGCCAGUCUUCUUCUGGCUGUGCCAGUUGGAGAUUAUAAGAGUACAUGGCCAUUAAAGCCAGAUUGUUCUUCAAGAUGUUCAAACGUUCAUUGACCUAAGUCAAUGUGUUUCCAUCGCAUUUUACACUAGUUUUGACACAAAUAUAGUUUUGCCGUUAAAUAUCAAAUAUACCUACUCUGGUUUUGCCAACAGCUCGCAGAUACACUGCGGGUAGGCUAAUCUACACAGUGAGAAUAUUAUGGAUAAGAAUAUUUGCAUUUUGUCAAAUGGCAGUCAAACAUCGAUCAUCAUGACACCAGAAUAAGACCCUCGAUAUUUAUUCGAACAGAACAUCAAGUUCACAACGCGCACUUUUAACAGAACAUCAAGUUCACAGCGCGCACUUUUAACAGAACACCAAGUUCACAGCGCGCACUUUCAAAACCCUGUGUGGUUCAUCAUAAUUGACUUAAUAUGUAGCCUAAUAAACUGUACGGUUUCCCGAGUUAUAUCAGUAUUUGCGCAUAAAGGUGUUUCCAGCGGCAUUUCACGCAACAUAAAUUUUACCGACCCAAAAAUAUCCCAACAUGUCUAACGAACAAAUUCUCUGUUGGCAUUUAUACAAUUGUUACGAAAUGUCCUGUUUGCAUCACAGCUGUUGUGAUUUUUUUUACAAGGUCUGACUUUACUCACAUGAAAACUGGAUGGAAACGUGUUUAUUAAUGACAUCACUAUUAUUUUAUAUUUGGACAUGAGCCAUUUAUUUAACUCAUAAAGUCUGAAUGUUAUUAUAGCGUUUUAUAAAAUACACACAGUAUAUUUAUUUGUUUUACUCUGUUUGACACGCUGUACAUAUCCAAACUUGGUUUUCGUCAGUACGGCCUGACGACUGACUCACUCAGACGUCUUCCAAUAUGAAGGUUGUACAGAAGGAUGCAGCACGCAGCAAUAUAACAACCCUCGCAGAAGCUACACAGGCUACUACACUGCAGUAUGUUGCAGCAACUGUAUACUCGACUGAACAAUUUACUUUCCCGCUCUCUCUCUUUUUUGUCGCUCACACACCUCACGCACACACACACUCUCUCGCUCACUCCACUGUAAUGCAUCCCUUCCUCUGUCUGCCUGCUUUUAGACUACAAAUUAAAUGAUGUAUGCACACAAAUUGCUACAAAAUGCACAAAGGAUGUCAGGCAAUUUUACAUUCCAGAUACAGUGUCAUUCAUACUAUGGUACAACAUCACACCACCGAGCACAGGAAGCCUUGCAGUAGACUAUUAUCCAUCACUGGCCAUAAUGUAAUAAGGGUUGUAACAUUUUCUGUAAAGUUUCAGUCAGUUAGUAAUGUUACAACCCCUUGUCUCUCUCUUCCACACCCACCUCUUCUCUGUAUUGAACGACGGUGUGAAGUAAUGGCAUGAUGAGAAUAUCCUAGCUUGCCUAUCGGAAAAUGAAGAGGUGUGUGGCGCAAUGUGAUUUUUCAUACCCGGUCUUUUAAGAACCCAGGCCUAAAGGAAAAGGGACUGUACUCACAAGGUGGAGUGGUGCUGUCUUUCUCACCUGUUCAUCAGAAACCCGGCUUAGGAGCUGAAGACUGACCUCUAAUGGUUCAAGAAGUAUAUGGCUAACUACCUGAAGAGACAGUAUUGUGAAAAAUAUAUCUGGUAUUGUCUGACAUUUGCUCUUAAAUAUAUUUAGUAUUUAUUCAAAAUGCUAUAUUUUUACAAUAUACAGUAUAUGCAUGGGCCAAUAGUCCAAUGAACAUGUUGGAAUUUAAUAUGUGAAUGUAUUGGUUCUUCUGGAUGGUAUAUAUAAGCUGAUUGGUCAACUCUAAAAAGCAAUGUGACUUGUUAAUUGGUUGGGUGGUUCAUGCUCGUCUCUUAUUGGACAAGGCUGUGUACUGUACUGUGUCAAUAGGACUGACUGUUGUAAUACUUUAUCACAAUCAGAUGUAAACAGCUGUACCUGCCUGUAAUAUUCCUACUAUCAAAUUGGCCUGAAUGUUAACCAUUUGCAAAUCAGAGAAUUGCUUCUAAAUAAAAAUUAAACUAUUGGGUAGAAGUA